AUGGUGAAACGCCUGAUUACGAUGGCUGUAAUUGGUGCGGAAGAGAAUGAUGAUAAUAAGUCUCUUGUAUACGUUAAAGGACGUGAAAAACGCCAAUGGCUGACUAAUAUACUUGAUAGCGACGACUUGCCCAUUGAGACCAUCGAUGCCGAUUACGAAGAUAUAGAUUCUUUACAAAAUCUGAAUAUUACUAAUACCGUGCGAUAUAGUUCAAACAGUUCCAGUGAUGAAGAAAUAACGGCAAUAGUAAUGAAAUGUACUGAAACUGAUAGAAUUCCAAAAAUAAAGAAUAUGAUGGAAAUUAUUAAUGAAUAUUCUGAUAGAGAGUUUCAGCGUCAUUUUCGUUUAAAACGGAGCACGUUUGACCAAUUAAAUACUAUGUACUCAAAUUCAGAAAUUUUUAAUUCAUUAAAAGAACAUGGUGGGUGGGAAGUUAUAAGUAGUGAUAGACAGCUGUUAUCAUUCUUAUGGUAUGCAGGAAACAAAUGUGUGAUACGAGACGUUGCAUCUAGAUUUAAUGUAGCAGAAUCUACUUUUCAUUCUAUCGUAUCAAACGUUAUUAAAUAUUUAAAUAAUAUUGCUCCAAAUAUAAUAAAAAUGCCAGAUACAGAAGAAAGAAAAAGAUUAGUUGCUCAUGAAUUUGAAAAUAUAUGUGGAUUUCCAGGAGUUCUCGGCUGUAUUGAUGGAACAUAUAUUAAAAUCAGAACGCCCGCUAAAAAAAUCAAGAGCACUUAUGUUAAUAGACAUGAUUAUCCAUCCCUAACACUGCAAGCAGUUUGUGAUGCUCAUAAAUUAUUUUUAGACGUUUUUACUGGUCCUCCGAGUAAAAUACAUGAUGCAAGAAUAUUCCAGUUGUCAUUUUUCAGUGAUGAGAUACAAAAUAUAUCAAACGAUUAUCACAUAUUAGGUGAUGCGGCAUAUCCUUUACAAAAAUAUUUACUAACUCCUUAUAGAGAUUACGGUAAUCUCACAGCGACUCAACAAAAUUAUAAUCAUAAAUUGUCUACUACAAGAGUUAAAAUAGAAAAUACUUUUGCAUUAUUAAAACAAAGAUUUAGACAACUGAUGACACUAGAAUUUAUUACCGUUAAACGUUCCUCUAAUUUUAUUAUUUCCUGUUGUGUUUUACAUAAUUCAUGUAUCAUGAAUGAUGAUUAUUUAAAUGAAGAUAUCGAUGAUGUAGAAUAUAAUGAUGUAGAAAGGCACAUCUAUAAUGAACAGAAUCAAAAUGAUAGGAUACAAGAUUAUUAA